CGAAACAGCAUCACCAUGUACAAGUCCCUGCUCGUCGUCUUCGCCGUCCUGGCUGUGGCUUCGGCCGGCUACAUCGCCAGCCCCGUGGUCAGCACCUACGGUGCUGCCGCCUACCCCGCCUACUCUGCCUACUCCGCCGGAUACUCCGCCUACCCCGCCUACUCCGCCUACUCUGCCUACGGCGCCUACCCCUACGCCUACUCCGGCCUCGGCUACGGCUCCUCUUACCUGUACCGUUAAAAUGGUCGCUGCUGACGACGUUUCAUCGGUCGCCACCAAUGCAGCAAUGCUGCGGUGCGUUCAAACAUUUUGGCUUCACAUUUGAUCGAAAAAUAAACUCCUGUUUCACCCAGUA